GGCGUGCGAAGGCUUCACUACGGCUCUGCGGCUGCGUCAUAAAGCUGCUCCUCCCAGGCCAGGCCGCCCAGGCUGAGCUUCCGGCAAAUCCGCUUUCACUUCGCUGCCUAAGACCAUGGGCGCUCUCCUGAGUGGUGGCCAGGAUGGCCCGGAGCCUGCGCAGCCCCAGCCUCCGGCGCCAGAGGGUCCGCAGCAGCCUCUGCCCGAGCCCGGCCCGUGGGGACCACUGGAUGAUGUGCGCUUUCUAAUCGCCUGCACAUCCUGGUAUUGACCCGGUUACCCCGGCCUCUGCUCUCUUGGGCCUGGCCUGGCUUUUGUCUCUUCACCCCAUGAUUUCCUGUCUCACUUCCUCACUCUGGGCAGGGAUUUAAGAAAGAUCCAGGAAAAAAAAGAAAAAAAAAAGAUCCUGGAGACUGGAAGUCCCACAGGGCGACCUUAGGGGACUGCUUCCCGACCCCAGACUUGUUCCCUUCCUCACCAGCCCCUAAACCAGAUCAUCUCCAAGCCCCUUUCCAGCUCCGCCCUGGGGCAGCCUUCCUGAACCAGAAGAACCAGGACCAGAUGCAGGCCUCCUGGCUGGAUCCUGAUGCUGUCCAACUCUGGUUUCCCCUUCGCUAGAGCUGAGCUGCUGCAGGUGUCCCAGGUCAUGGCCCCGUGUGCCCUGUCUCCAGAGAAGCCUUGUCACAGUGACCCUCCCAUACUCCCGAGGUACCUGGGGGUAGGACAUGUGAUUGCUGAGAUGCAUGAGGCAACUGCAGAAUACCCCAAUGCACCCUUUUCUCCCUGAAGCUUUUUAAGGGCACACUUAGGCCCUGGUCCUUGUUCCCAUACCCCAGGGAAAAGACUGUAUUUCUGUUUUAUUUAGAAAUGAUUUAAAAAACAUUAUACAAAGGCUGAUCAGUUUAAAAUGUGACCGACACUAAAAUGCUGUGAUGUCAUCCAGGCUGAGGGGAAGCUGAGCUCUGGUGGCCCCUGGUGCUUUGCCCCUCUGACUGCUCUGGCCUGGGGUGAUGGACAAACAGAUGAUUGCAGGCAGAAGAAUCCAAGAUUGGAAGCCUCUAGGCUGAGCCCUCUGGGCCCGGCCCUGCAUCCCUCACAUUUGCAGCCUGGGCUGCCCCGCCUCCAUCUCCUGCUCUUUCUCAACUGGUCUUGGAGUACCAGGAGCCAACAGGGAGCCUGCGGGGCCUAGAGCUUUCAAGAAGUGAGAGCACCAACCUGAGGAGAGGGAGGCCCAGAAGAUAGGAAUAGAAAAGAUGUUAUCUCAGACCCUAGAAGGGCCCCACAGAUGGGAACACAGACCAGCCAGGGCCACUAGAUGGCAGGGGCAGACAAGACCUCCCUGUGCUUCAUCUGAGGGCAAGAUGAGUGUGACCCUCAGCCUCUUAGGGCCUUCAUGUGAGUGGGCAGACGUGAGCUAAUAAAGUGCUUCGCAAAGUAUAAAACACUGUACAAA